AUGAUCAACAAAGAAGAGGCUCAACGACUCAAGGGAAUAGGAAACAAGUGUUUUCAGGAAGGGAAGUUUGAUGAAGCCGUUACUCACUUUACGAACGCAAUUAAGAAUGACCCACAGGAUCAUGUGCUACACUCCAAUCUGUCCGGAGCGUACGCAAGUUUAGGGAGGUUCUACGAAGCCUUGGAAAGCGCAAACAAGUGCAUAAGCUUAAAGAAAGAUUGGGCAAAGGGAUACAUAAGGAAAGGGUGUGCAGAACAUGGAUUAAGGCAACUGGACAAUGCGGAAAAGAGCUACCUAGAAGGACUACAAAUUGAUCCAAACAACAAAUCAUUAAAUGAUGCCCUGGAAAAUGUAAGGAAGGAAAAAUUAGCAGAAAACAUGGAGUACAUUAAUCACAUAAAUACCAUCAUUCAAAAUGACGCCACGUUAAAGUCGUACCAAGAAGAAAAUGCAAAUUAUUCAAUUGAACUUUUAAACACCAUAAAGGCGAUCAAUGCAAACCCCAUGAAUAUUCGAUACAUCCUAUCCUCCAGCGAUAGGAAAAUAAAUGAAGGAGUGGAAAAAUUUUUUGGCAUAAAAUUUAAUGAAGACGCUGGAUACGAUGAAGAAAGGCAAAGGAAAAUAGAAGAAGAAGAAAUGAAGAAAAAGAAACAAAAAGAGAAGGAAGAAGAAGAAGAAAGAAAAAAAAAAAAUCGAUCACCAGAAGAAAUACAAGCUGAUGAGCAUAAGCAAAAAGGAAAUGAAUUUUACAAACAAAAAAAAUUUCAAGAUGCUCUACACGAAUAUGAUGAAGCUAUAAAAAUAAAUCCUAAUCAAAUUAUGUACCAUUAUAACAAAGCAGCAGUAUAUAUAGAAAUGAAAGAAUUUGAUAAGGCUGUUGAAACGUGUCUGAACGCUAUAGAAAAUAGAUAUAAUUUUAAGGCUGAUUUUUCUCAAGUAGCAAAGAUGUAUAAUCGAUUAGCUAUUAGCUAUACGAACAUGAAGAAUUACGAUAAAGCUAUCGAGGCGUAUAGGAAGUCGCUCGUUGAAGAUAACAACAGAGCUACCAGAAAUGCUCUAAAAGAAUUGGAAAGGAAAAAGGAAAAAGAAGAAAGAGAAGCCUAUAUCGAUCCCGAAAAAGCGGAAGAACACAAAAAUAAAGGAAAUGAAUACUUUAAAAAUAAUGACUAUCCUAAUGCUAAAAAGGAAUAUGAUGAAGCUAUUAGGAGAAAUCCAAAUGAUGCCAAGUUGUAUUCCAAUAGAGCUGCUGCGCUUACCAAGUUGUUAGAAUAUCCAUCGGCCCUGGAAGAUGUUAUGAAGGCCCUUGAACUUGAUCCCAAUUUUGUUAAGGCGUAUAGCAGAAAGGGAAACUUACACUUUUUUAUGAAGGAUUAUUAUAAAGCUUUGCAGGCAUAUAAUAAAGGGCUGGAACUCGACCCAAACAAUAAGGAAUGCACGGAGGGAUACCAAAGAUGUGUAUACAAAAUUGACGAAAUGUCCAAAUCGGAGAAGGUAGAUGAAGAGCAGCUCAAGAAAUCUAUGGCUGACCCUGAAAUUCAGCAGAUAAUUUCUGACCCACAGUUCCAGAUCAUUCUGCAGAAGCUAAAUGAAAACCCAAAUUCCAUUUCGGAGUAUAUAAAGGAUCCAAAAAUUUUCAACGGCCUGCAGAAGUUGAUCGCCGCGGGGAUACUCAAGGUCAGAUAG